AUGGAACCGCCCCUGAGACCCAGCGACGCCAGCAGACGGGCCGAUAGCCAAGACCCGGGCUCCGGCAGUGCGCAAGGGUACCGCGCGCUCGCGGCGCCAGGCCUCCGGGCCGCCAGGGGCCGCACCGCAGGGAGGAACCGGCCGCCGGCCAGUCGCCACCUGCUUGUCGAUUACACAUUAUGCAAAACCCGCCUGGAUCCUAGGAUGGAGGCAGUGCUGCCCCUCCUGCCUCCAGACAUCCUGGACGUUCCAGGGCCUCCCGCCAACAGCCCACAGACCUACAGAUGCUUGCACUCAGGUGUGGCGGGUACCCGUAACUACUUGCUCAUCUUUGUCAGGAAGAAGCCUACAGCUCACGGACAGAUCUUCAGUGAGAUCCAGUACCACAUGAACAGCUGGGUCCAAGUCUCCACAUCCCAGUGUCUCUCCAUUGCCCUCAGCCAGACAGGCACCAACUUCGAAGGACCCCCUGUGCCCGCACCCCCUCCUUGGACUAUCCUGGCCAAGCCAGUCUCCACGUUCUGCCAACAGCCCAGCCGGGGUCCUGCACGGGCGCCUGAGCGCCAGAGGCCCGCGAAGCCGCAGCCAGGGUGCGGGACAGCAGGCCUAGGCGGGGACCAAGCCGAGCCGAGACUCCCCUAUCAGGCCUUGGGAGCCAGGCGAGCCCACACCCUCACCGUGCUGUUCAUCCUCACCUGUGCCCUUGGCUAUGUGACCCUGCUGGAGGAGACGCCACAGGACACAGCCUACAAUACCAAGAGAGGAGUUGUGGCCAGUAUUUUGGUUUUCUUAUGUUUUGGAGUCACCCAAGCUAAAGACGGGCCGUUUUCCAGACCUCACCCAGCUUACUGGAGGUUCUGGCUCUGCGUGAGUGUGGUCUACGAGCUAUUUCUCAUCUUCAUCCUUUUCCAGACUGUCCAUGAUGGCCGGCAGUUCCUCAAGUACAUCGACCCCAGGCUGGGGGUCCCGCUGCCUGAGAGGGACUAUGGGGGAAACUGCCUCAUCUACGACGCUGACAACAAGACUGACCCCUUCCACAAUGUUUGGGACAAGCUGGACGGCUUUGUUCCUGCACAUUUCCUCGGCUGGUACCUGAAGACCCUGAUGAUCCGCGACUGGUGGAUGUGCAUCAUCAUCAGCGUCAUGUUUGAGUUCCUGGAGUACAGCCUGGAGCACCAGCUGCCCAACUUCAGCGAGUGCUGGUGGGACCACUGGAUCAUGGACGUGCUUGUGUGCAACGGGCUGGGCAUCUACUGUGGCAUGAAGACCCUGGAGUGGCUGUCCCUGAAGACAUACAAGUGGCAGGGCCUGUGGAACAUUCCCACCUACAAGGGCAAAAUGAAGAGAAUCGCCUUCCAGUUCACGCCCUACAGCUGGGUCCGCUUUGAGUGGAAGCCCGCCUCCAACUUGCGCCGCUGGUUGGCGGUGUGCGGCAUCAUCCUGGUGUUUCUGUUGGCAGAACUGAACACGUUCUACCUCAAGUUCGUGCUGUGGAUGCCCCCGGAGCACUACCUGGUCUUGCUCCGGCUGGUCUUCUUUGUCAACGUGGGCGGUGUGGCCAUGCGUGAGAUCUACGACUUCAUGGACGACCCGAGGGUCCACAAGAAGCUGGGCCAGCAGGCCUGGCUGGUGGCCGCCAUCACCGCCACGGAGCUGCUGAUCGUGGUCAAGUACGACCCGCACACGCUCACCCUGUCGCUGCCCUUCUACAUCUCCCAGUGCUGGACGCUUGGCUCCGUGCUGGUGCUCACCUGGACUGUGUGGCGCUUCUUCCUGCGGGACAUCACCCUGCGGUAUAAAGAGAUCCGGCGGCAGAAGCAGCAGAGCCGCGGGGACAAGGGCAGAGCCGUCAGCAACGGGGAUGGCCGCUCGCAGGGGCCGGAGGACGACCCGUUGGCCCCCGAGGGAGCAGAAGGGAGAGCCCUGAACUGA